CAAUAGUAGUACUGCAUCAAUCAAUAGAGCCAUCCCAUUACGCUGCCAGGCCCGCCCGGUGUAAGUUCGUGUCAAGCCAUUUUCUUGGCUAUCAAAAAUUUCUCGCUCGAAAAGGUCUGACAAAUCCGUCAAGCUGUGUCGAAAAAAUUCAAUCGAUAUGACGCGCAAAGCCUCGAGCGUGGCUAAGUGUCGUCAAUGGAGAAACGAGCUAGCCAUGGCUAACCCGGAUCCGACUCCGGUGUACGAUAUGUUCAAGGACAUACCGCCGCAGCCGACCUAUCCGACUCACGUCUACACUACCACCGUUUGUUGCGAAAAGGAGAACUGCGACAAGGCGAAGCUGGAGUCCAUGCCGGAGCACUUCUUCUGUGAUCCUGAUUACAUCUAUUUCGCAGCUACCCCGUAUGGCGUGGCUCCUGAGUGCUACGAUAACGGCGAGGCCGCUGCUCCUCCGCUGGACCCGUACAUCCAGGCCUACUGCCCCUGCCUGAUCAACCAGGGCCAGCUGGUGACCAUCUGCUGCGUCCGCCGUGAUUGCGAUGACUCUACCAAGAUUCCGGGGGUAGGCCGCGAGCGUACUCGCAGCCCCAAGUCGUACAACAACAACCACCACAACAACAAGCACCACAACAACCACUCCAACAAUGGUUACAACAACCACCACAACUACAAAUAUUAACUCACUUUCGAUCUCUCGGUGUUGUGAACAAUGUAAACCCCAAUCCUAUUCAUAAAUUCACAAAAACUGAUCUUAAUUUCACAAAAAUCAAUUUCUUGUUGAUAGAUAGCCAACUAUGCACACUGUUUUUGAACACUUUUAACUAAAUUGUUACAAUUUAGACACGAGUUUACCUAAAACUCAUAAUGGCAUGUUGGAAUUUACAGAAGUCCUUUUAUUGAGGAUUUCUUAUUCUUUAGAAGUCGAGGCUUAACUUUUAUAAUAAAAUGUAUCAAAAAAUUCAGGGUUCACUUGUUUUACACAAUUGAAAAUGCUUUCAAGCAGGAUUUCAUUUACUACAUACAUAUUUCAUACUUUCUAAUAAUAUAUCUAUCUCAUCGUAUCGUGUCAUGAAUUCCUUUAGUGUAACUUGAUGUUGUCGUGUGGUAUCGAUGUUCGCUGACCGUAUAUUCCAGUGUCAGAUUAGGAUAAGGUGAUUGUAUUGAUUUGGAUUGCUAUCUGAAGCGUAAUAGACUGAUUCUUAUAAAAUUUGCUAAUAGAGGGUUUAACAUCUAUAGAGAGAAACCAAUCAGUCUAGUAACCCGAAGAGGAGAUUUUGAAGGCAUUUUCAUUUAUUAAAUCUAUUUCGACCAUUUACAUUUGACGAUUCUCUUGUAAGCUAUUUUUGAUUGUAUUUUCAAGUGUUUUAUUUUAGGUUUGAUUUAAUUAUUUAUCAUAUCAUUGUUACUUAUACUUGAAAAUGGACAAAUUUAUUUUUACUCUUCUAUAAAAGUAUUUUUCUUAGAAGUUUUACUCAAUGUUGGUAUAACUAGUAUAAUCCACACUAUCUACACAUGUAUACCUAAUGUAGUGAUCAAUGUGGUAAUAAAAACUCAAAAAAUA